CUUGCAUGUACCUUUGAUUCCAAUUUGUGUAGCUGGCAUCAUUCUCCAGAUUCUGACUUUCCAUGGAUCAUCCAUUCCGGGCCAACUCCGUCCAACGAUACUGGACCUGGAGGUGAUCGCACAACAGGAAAAGGUAACUUUAGUGUUCAAAGUUCUUUGAAUGGUGUCUAAUCUCCUGCAUGAAGUUAAUAUUAGUUAAAACCGAUCAGGUUCUGUUACUACUCAGCAAGUUGAUAAAGGCUUUUCCUAUUUUUUUGUUGUUUCAUUCAGUAGAGCACUGGCACUUUUUUUUGUACCUAUUUUACCUACUGCAAGAGUAAUAUUAACCCUGUUACCUAAACUGUCUUUGCCCUCCUUUUAGUAAGCAGUAGCUAUAAAUCAAAGUAUAUUUUCGAUUUUCGAUAUCUUUACCAGCUUUUCAAAUAAGAAAUAUCGGGUAUUUGAAUUAUAAUGUUGGGUCCGACCCUGAAACGUCGUCAUUCGUGUUAUUCAACAUAUCUUCUACAUAACGGCCAUCUCAACAGCAUCGCUAAGUGUACAACCAGCUGCCCAGUGUUGAACACUGAGGUGCAUGGCGUCUGCCACUAAUAAAUUUACAAUGUAAAACUUUUCGCGGAAAUGCCCUAUUUUUAAGCGCAGUUACGUCUCGAAAAUUUAUCACUUCCAUCUCGGUCUUGAUGUAAAACAAAUAUUUUCGCCCCAUGUAAAGGAAUCCAAGACAGUCUUAGAUUCUAGAUCUCACUUCGUGGAUUCCGGAUCUGGAUUCCAGUCUUUGUCAGUGGACCUUGGAUCCUGGUUUCCAGUCGUUAAUGGAGUUCCAGGAUUCCGGAUUUCACAGGCAAAAAUUUCCGAAAUAUUUAAUCAGAAGCAGAUCAGUCUCUCGGUCAAUUUUAUAGUUAAUGUUCAAACGGUUUGUGCAAAAACCGCAGAACGAAGACAUACCAUUAAUCUGAAAAUAAAACUUCUUAUCGACACAAACUGGCAUUUUCUUAACUAUAAGGAACUUUCUCAUUUCAGAAAUGAAAAAGUUCCUUAUAGUUGCGAAGUGGCGUCGUCAACAACAACAACGACAAUGUAUUUAUUUAAAGAAAUAUAAAGUUUACAAUACUUUAUGUCCUGUAAAUAGCUAUAAUGCUAAUCUAGGCAGGGCAAGACUUUAAAUAAAGACGUUAUUAAAUUACAUAAGAACAAAAAAGAAAAGAAAUUCAAUAACAUGCAGAAAGAAACACCUUACAUAUAAAUUCAAGUACAGAGGAUUUUGUUAUUUCAAAAAGACCAAAAUUACAACUUGAGGUAUAUACAACUUAUCAGGUUAACUUCAUAAAAUAUUCUAUUAAAUAAUUAACAUUCAAAUAAUUAUCUUCAUUACCUAAAACAUUAGUCCAGUCAAUCUAGGCAUUUUUGAGGCUCAACAUCAAACUAAUUGCAACGGAAUUGUUUUCAACGCCAUUUAAGUAAGGGUGACCUAUCUAGCAACAUACUAAAAAUCCGCCAAAAUCCGUUUGGUGCAAAAUGUCAAAAUUAAGCGUUAAAUAUUUUUAGCUUUUAACACAGGAAACCCACGUUAGUUAAAAUUACUCGUUCCAACAAAAAAUGCACAAAAUGUGUUUGUUACUUUUAUGGAAAAGUGAAAGAAGAAAAAAUAACUGCUACCUAGUUUUCGGUGAUAAAAACAUUAAAAACGAAGAGUUUCUUUUUUUCAAACAAAGUAAAUAUUAAACACGGUUGGCUAUUGCACAGGAAGCCCAUGCUCCACUCAAGGAACCCCCAAAUAACAGGAGGCUUACAGAGUCGUAGAGUGAACUGUUGGCUGUAAAACUACAACAAAUUUAGUCGUAAGGCUUUAAACCUGAAAAAUGAAAGCCGUUUACUUAAUCAUUAGCGCUUAAAGUAUAUCUUUUUUUAUCUGAUUUCUCUUACUGAGCCGCAAGGGUAAGAAAAAUUUAUAUAUAUUAGACAAGAGAGGAUAAAGGGGACAGGGAAGGCAUCCCCCAUACACACCCUAUUCCAUAGGUAAUUUGUCUCGAGUUAUUUUUAAGACCACAGAUCCCAAGGGGGAUCAGACAACAGCCAAUCAAAUAGCGCGAAUUUGUUCGGCGUUGAUGACCAACGCUCAGAGCCGCUCGUCCUUCACGAAUUGACGCAGAACAAAAUGGCGGAAGACGCGGAGAGCGAUAUUGCUAUUCGUUUUGUCGACGAAAACGACUACAGAGAGAUUUCUGCUAAAGCUGUGUCAGCGAAACGGAAAUUAAAAAAGAAUCGCCCUUCCUCUCUUGUAUAGAGCUAACAGUACAGCAGGGAAAUCCUUAACACACUGAAUAUUCUCUCAGGAUCAUUUAUAAUUUACAGUUUGAAGAGAGCAAUUUCUGGUUUGAUAUUUACUCUUUUAUUAGUCUUUUAUUAUUCAACAAAAAUAAUACUUGGCGUCCUACUUGCUUUAUUGUACAAACGACCGUUUUCAAUAGACCGGCGAAAUUUCUCAUUUUAUUAAAGUGUAUAUGACAGAAAUUUUUUUAUUUGCUUGAUAGAAUCUAUACAGUGUUUUGAUAAGGAAAGCAAAAAAAACUUUUCGAUAGCGAUUUUUCUUCCCCGUGUUUUAACCUGCCAAAAACGUGAAAUUUUACUUCCGGUGAGCUACAAAACCGCGCUAGCGAAAACAGAAGACUGGGAAUGAUUAUGACGUCAUUUCAGGACAUUCUAUUUCGCGGCAGGCAAAUUACAUGGUCAUUUUCUUAUUUGUGUGGCAGUGUUUGGAGAAUGUUUUUGAGUUUCCCUGACCUUUUUUUAUCAGAAACAGCAGAAAUCAAUAAGAAGUCGCUUAAGCUCGAAUUUAAUUGACUGUGAAAAAGAAUAAUGAGUUUUGAAAGCGAUACGGAACAGUCAGACGUGGAUUCGAUCGGGUCGCGCACUCGCAUCUGCGAGACAGAGCUAGGAUCAGACGAAGAUGAAGAAGAUAUGUACUAUCCAGAUCCAGAAGGACCGUAUAUAGAUGAACCUAUUACAGACGAGGAAUGGCUAAACAGAAUACAACCGAGAACUAGAAGAAAUUUAAAGGAGAAACCAGGAGUUACAAAACCGCUUUGACAGGAUUGUGGAACCGAGACUUGGUAAGUGUUCGCUCUAUUAGUUAUUAGGCCGAAAAAUCUUAUCGUACUAAGAUCAUACCUUGCCGAUAAAGAGAAAAGGAUAAAAGUUGUAUUCUUCAACUUAAAUACUACGUUCCUUCUUUUUAAUUUCAAAGGUGCUCAUGGGGCAAUUGUGCUCUUGAUCUGCUGCAAAAUCCCGGGGAAUGCCUCUGCUGCAAGGAAAUCGAAAAGUGUGUCGAAUCACUUGGUAGUACUGCCGUUCUGAAUGAGGUGGAAAUCAGAUGUAAUGUAUUACAUUGCAUCCAGGUUUCAGUGUCGUUUGCCUUAACAGAUGGUCUCUCCGAUCAGCCGCAAGUAAAUACAAAAGGAUAGACGGUACAAAGUAUCGUCAGACUGAUACAGAAGAAAAGUGAGUAAUGUUUUGCGCAGUUUUUUCUGUCAGAGCUAUCUCUAAUUGCUAAUUUACUGUGUUCUCCAAAAGCAACGUUAGCAACAGAAGCAGUGGUUAUUUGUUCAAACACCAUUUUAAGAGAAAGAUAAUCAAUGGAUUGUUUUUGUUGCCCAUUAUUUUGUAUAAUAGAGAGAUUUUACCUGACCCAUGAAAGACAAUAGAAUUAAUGCAUGAUAGCGUGUUCCAUUCUACUACCUGUUUAAUCGGUUGAGUAGAAUCACUAUAUUACAAAAAACAUAUGAUAAAGAAUAAAGCAAAAUGUACUUUGCAGAACCCCUAAAAUCAAACUUUUCUGUGGGCUUGGGUGUGUGUGAGUAUGUGGAAGGGGGGAAGGGGGGGUUGCCAGCCACACCAAACCCCACACAAAGCAUUUUGAUCUCAUCUUUUGCUGACUACAUCUUUUCUUACUCUGCUCUACUUUUCAACCCUGGUCCUAUUUUCAACUAUAUUCCACAAUUGAUUUGAUAAUGUUCAGUUCAUAAGAUGUUAAAAGAAAUGGGGAUUUUAGAGACACAAAGGAAGGGCAAGAUUGGAAUAGAAAUGCAUCUGCCACUGGUCAUUUGGUAAUACUGGGCUCACAGAGUUGAAAUACAGGGCGAGGUCAUGACUUGAAUAUUUAUUUUUACGUCUUCAUUCUUUUACACAGGUUUCUUCAUGGAGUAGCCUACAGAGAGUUUACGCAACUAGUACAUGGUUUUCUUGGGGGAAAGCGGACUCCACUGCCAGCAAUAAGAACAGAACUUUCAGAAGAGAAUGAAGAAUUUGUUGGUUUUGAAGAUAAUGAAUAAAGAUAUUGCCUUUAUGACCAUCAUUAUUUUAAAAUAUAAAUAGCGAAACAGAGUCCAUUGACAAAUUUUAUACUAGUUUGGACUAAUAUUGACUCAAAACAUCAGCUGAUUGCACAGAAACUAUCUGUAUCUUAGUUAUCUACAGUCCCGGGGGGGUACUCGGGAAUUCAAGUUACGGGGAUGAUUGAAAGGAGCCAAAAGUCAAGACCCAAAAAAAUCCCUAGGGCUUCCAGCAAAACCCAAAAAAAUCCCUGGACCAAAAAUUAACCCCCAAAAAAUCCCAUGCCGGGCACACAGGACAAUGCAAACUAUUGUAUAACACGUGCGAUGUAAAGCAACACCAUAGUUAACUAUUAAACAACAGCAAAACACGUUUGUUUGAACUUUAUUUGCAGAACUACGCAGCCAGGGCACUACCGAUUCUUUUUAAUACCCCCAAAAAAUCCCUACUCAAAUCAAGCUACCCAAGCCAAAUUUUCAUACCCAAAAAAAUCCUGGAAUCAAAAAUUUCAAAUUUCAAACCCAAAAAAAUCCUUUGACCAUCCCCGUCACUUGAAAUCCCGAGUACCCCCCUUGGGUCUACAGUGCGAGGGUGACUUGAAAUAAUGGUGAUGAAAAUCUCUCCCAGUUUGUAUUAAGCAAUUACCAGGCAACUUAUUGGCUUUGCCUAAAAAUAAAAAAUAAAAAGGUCUGCUAUCACUGUCCACUGUUUUGUCGUGCCUGGUUCCUUGGACAAUCAACUAGAAGGUUGUGCCCUCUCAUGGGUCUUUUGCAAACAGUGCAAUUCCUUGUUCUUCCUCCACUUGAUGACUGUGCUGUAGCUACAGCUGCCUCUUGGGCAAAAACAACAGAUACUGCAAGCAAAAUAGGAAAAAUAUAUUUAGUCCACCUUGAUUGCUGAUAAAAUGAUAAUAAUAUGUAACAAUAACAGUAAUAAUAAUAAUAAUAAUAAUGGGAACUUUAUUUGUUUUUUUGAAUGUAUAAUUGUAAAUCUCGCUACGUAUAGGCAAUUUACAAAUGCUGCUUGAGAUUGGAUUAUUAAAAAGAAAAAAACAAAAAACAAAACAAAACAAAAGCCAAAAAAAAAAAGAAAUCAAAAUUGCAUUAAGUCUGGGCUAUCCCAGUUCCUAUUUCUACAACAAAAGAUGUAUGUUGCUUUAAUGGCUAUAUUUAUCAUUUUCUUGAUUAUAACAGUAAUAUUAAUAACAAUAAAAAUCCCUAGAUGUCCAAAAAACUAAAAGAUUUUCCCAAAGAAAAAAGUGACUUGAGAGGGGCAGAAGGCUCAGCUAGCCUCAGAUAGGGCUGUGUUCUAACAGCACAUGGUGACCCCUAGCACAUAACUUCUGCUCUACGGCGACAAGAAAAUCUUAGAGAUUAUAAUAUUAUGCUAGGCAUCCUUGAUUUCACAGGUUCAGGGCACUGGGCUCCCUUCAAUUUGUCUUAGAACACAGCCAUGAUUAUGGAUUUUGCAGCCGAUCAAGAGCACAAUUGCCACAUGGGCACCUUUGAAAUUAAAAAGAAGGAACGUAGUAUUUAAGUUGAAGAAUACGACUUUUAUCCUCUCCUUUUAUCAGCAAGGUAUGAUCUUAGUACGAUAAGAUUUUUCAGGCUAAUAAUUAAAAGGUGAGAAAUAGAGCGAACACUUACCAAGUCUCGGGUUCGACAAUCCUGGCAAAGUGGUUUUGUAACUCCUGGUUUCUCCUCUAAAUUUCUUCUAGUUCUCGGUUGUAUUCUGUUUAGCCAUUCCUCGUCUGCAAUAGGUUCAUCUAUAUACGGUCCUUCUGGAUCUGAAUAGUACAUAUCUUCUUCAUCUUCGUCUGAUCCUAGCUCUGUCUCGCAGAUGUGAGUGCGCGACCCGAUCGAUUCCACGUCUGACUGUUCCGUACCGCUUUCAAGACUCACUAUUCUUUUUCACAGUCAAUUAAAUUCGAGCUUAAGCGACUUUUUAUUGAUUUCUGCUGUUUCUGAUAAAAAAAGGUCAGGGAAACUCAAAAAACAUUCUCCAAACACUGCCACACAAAUAAGAAAAUGACCAUGUAAUUUGCCUGCCGCGAAAUAGAAUGUCCUGAAAUGACGUCAUAAUCAUUCCCAGUCUUCUGUUUUCGCUAGCGCGGUUUUGUAGCUCACCGGAAGUAAAAUUUCACGUUUUUGGCAGGUUAAAACACGGGGAAGAAAAAUCGCUAUCGAAAAUUUUUUUUUGCUUUCCUUAUCAAAACACUGUAUAGAUUCUAUCAAGCAAAUAAAAAAAUUUCUGUCAUAUACACUUUAAAGCAGUGAGGUUACGACAACUUCGAGGUAAACUGAUUUCACGAGUUGUCAAAGAGUCUAGCGAUUCCCUUUUCCCAGGUGUGCGCCGACUCAGUUCGCUUCAAUACUAAGGAAUGCUCUCGAUCUCUUUACGCUUUCAUUGCCUUUCGCCCGACAUGUUUUGCACGGCGUUUAGUCAUGCGAAACCUCCACGAAACAUCCACGCAGGGCGCGAGGUAACUUUAUCCCAAUUCUAAAAAUAACUCGAGACGAAUUACCUAUGGAAUAGGGUGUGUAUUGGGGAUUCCUUCUCUGUCCCCUUUAUCCUAUCUUGAUUUUAGAGCUGGACUUUUUAAUAAUCUUACAGCCAAAAUAGACCUCUCCCCUCAAACAGCCUUUUUCUUUCAAAAACUAUCUCCACAGAAGUCAACAUAAAAACUAGGACUGCAGGCACUGCUUUUUUUUCUUCUCCUCCUGUCUUUCUCCUCGCUCUUUUUAUUUUCCCUUUCGUCGUUCUUUUCUAGCAGGAUUUUCGGGCUUAUUUUGCCUUCGGCUUUUGGUUUUCUUCGCAUUCAAAAAAACUGCAAUUUUCGUUCGGUACGUUUUCAAAUAUCCAGCAAGAUAAUGCUUUGCCUUUUGCGGUUACCUUCACAUUAAUUUUUGUUAACGUAUCGACAUCCUCAAAUAUACAAAUUUUUUGAAGCUUUUUGUUUUCUUCUAAAAGUGAAUUGGAGAAGAGGGGAGGAUAGUUUUACUAAUUCUUUACAAUGCACAACAAUGCAAAGUUUUUGAACAGGUUAAGUUCCAAUACCUAUGAGUUUGAUAAGAGGGAAAUGCGUUUUUAUUUGAAGAAAAGUGUUGUUACCUUCCUCUCAAGAAAUUAUAAGGGUUAACGGAACAUUCAUCGCAUAAGAACUUUGUUUCCGGCAAACGUUUGUUUCAAGAAAACGAAAUAGUAUAAUAGGGAAGCUUUUUCUGAAGGGAAAGAUUAACUUUGGGUAGCCAAAACAAUGCGUAUGUAAAAAUAUCUUGUAAUAGUCUGUGGAGUAAUGGAAAUUCCCCACCCAGAGCAUAAUUCACGCAACUCAGUCAGAAGGUUAACAUGCACUAAGUUGAAGUGUUACACAACGCACAUCCGAAGAGAAACAUUGGUUCCGCAAAAAGAGGCGAGCCAUCAGAAGCUAAGUCAGGCAAGCCUAUUAAUGUCGUACAUAUGUCCAGUACUUUUGCGCCUUCAUUGACAACAGCAAUUAUUUUCAGACGUGUAGGAUCCCAUGAUCGUUAUAGAAAAAGAGUCUUCAUUUGCCAAUUGACGAAAAAAAACUGGUCAAGGUUCAGGGUUGUUCUCACAAAAGAAAUGCAAGGAGGGAAUAUAAACGCCUUUAGACCACAGAGCGAUUAAUCUACUUAUUCAUCUUACCUGAAAUGAAGGGCUGUUGCAGAAAAUACAAACUGAAUAAACAGAUUCUCUAAACUAAAUCUGAGACUCGCUACAAGAAGAAGAUUAAAAAAAGAACAAUCACACUGCGCUUAGUUUUCUGGAUUUCCCUUACAACAGAAUGAAAAGCGCAUGGCGUUACGAUCUAGCAAAAACCAAAUCGACGGAAUCGUUAGCAGAAUAUUUAUUUACUCACAUUGUAAAGCACGGAAUCAUAAUCCUAAAGGAGGUUGCGCAUGUCGCGAGAAAAAAAAAAGUCCCUGAUUUCGUCACACAUAUUGUGUCUAAGGUUUGAGCAUAAAAUGGAAAAUGGGAAUAGGUUAUUAAAAGUAAACAGUUUGUACUGAUACAAAGCUAUCGUCCGUUGCACACAUUUAGCCGCACGUAUCUUGCAGCAUGGAUGCAAAUUUAGUAAUUAACCGAAGGUGAUCAAAAUAACUGUUCACCAUCAGUCAGCUACUAAAUUUGCAUUCGUGCUGCAGGAUAUAUAAAACAUUACCAGCCUGUGAUACUGCCAAAAUACGUACUGCAUUUCUGAUAUUGCGCAAAAAAAAAAAAACAAUUACUAAUAUUUUUAACCAUGUUAACACAGACUGACUAAUAAUGCCCUUAUUAAUACCGUCAAAGAAAAAACUUAAAGCUUAAAAAACAGAAUAUGAAGACAGACGAGUGAGUGGGUUACCUGUGUAAAGCCCCCAAGACGAAACACUGACCCAGGUGUUCCUCACACAUUUAGUCGGCGUUUUUUAAAACAAAACUACCCAAAGUACAUUAGCGAUGUUGUAUCGAAAAUUCUUGAGGCAAAAAAACACAAUUAACAGAUAUUUUGUCUGAAUUUGUGAUCUUCCUGAAAUUGGGUGUCCUGUGGUGAACGUUGAAAGUCUCUAUUUCCAAUUUUUCUCAUCUUUCACCGAACCGAUUUUGGCGGAUUUUUAGUAUGUUGUUAAAUAGCCAUCCAACAAUUAAAUGGCGUUGAAAAAAGUUCUGUUGCAAUUAGUUUGAUGCUAAACCACAAUUUGACUGGACUACAUUAAGGAGUAGUGAUUAAAUUUUUUUACGCAAAUUAGAUAAUUAUGUUGAGAGUCUUAACAGAAAGUGGAAUAGAAUUCCAUUAGACACGCCAAUUCUAGUAAAAGAUUUAUUCAUUUUUUCAGUUCUAGAGAAUUUGACAGAGAAACAUGCUUUUGCAGAUAAUCGCAAAUUAUAAUGAUGUUUUGUAUUGAUUUUCGAAAACUUAUCUAGAAGACUCCGGAGCUGUCUUAGCAUGAACGUCAUACAUUAAAUAGCUUAACUGUUGAAAGAACAAAGACUUCAAAGGAAGGCAGUUUGAUUCAAUAAAAAAAGAGAUUGCAUGGUCUCUGGGUUUAGUAGAAAAAUAAAUCAGACGCAGUGCACGUUUUGGCACUGACAAGUAUCUUAUUGAGAUAGGUCUGUGGACAGCUGCCCCAUGCACAGAUACCAUAAUUUAAAUAAGGAGCAAUAAGUGCAUGAUAUAAAGUCACAAGAUUGCGUGGAAUGUAAUGCCUCAUUUUAGCAAGGAAAUUUAUUUGUGAAAGAAAUAGAUGGUUUUAUGCUUAGUGUGACUGAUCAGUGUUUCAUUGCUCCAACUGCCAGUAGGGGGCGUUGUACUGUCGCAAUUUGUAAUAAUCAUCGCACUUUGUAAUACCUGUCGCAAUUUGUAAUAAAUCCAUCGCACUUUGUAAUACCUGUCGCAAUUUGUAAUAAACCGUGUCGCACUUUGUAAUAAAAAAGCUGUCGCAAUUUGUAAUAACAGUCCAUCGCACUUUGUAAUAAACUAAGCUGUCGCAAUUUGUAAUAAUUCCAUCGCACUUUGUAAUAAUUUUUUGAGAGUGAUUCAACUUACUUCGUCAACAUUAAUAUAAUGCCAAAAUAUGCUACUUCAUAAACAAAGAUGGUGACGUCUGCUAGCACGUAACAUCUCCGUAACAUUUUCUUUGGUCAAACAUGCAUGUCUACCGCUAUAAAUUUUUCUGCCUUGAUUAAUCACGUGACCAACUAGAAAAGCUUUUAUGAAAGACAUGAAACUUCCUGUGACAUAUAACCAAAAAGAUAUGAAUCAUGUUUAAAAUCAAGAAUAUUUAAAUAACAAAAGCAACAUUUAACAACAGAAAAUUCAUGAAUAACCUGGCAUUCGUCGUCCAAAUCCAUGUUUGCUUGCCACGUGACACGUGAAGUCUUCAGGGGGGGGAUAAUCCCAUAUAUGGAUGGGCUAGACAGAGCAUUGUCAGAGUACAGGAUCUCGACAGAGCUAGACACACUAGACACAAACGAACCAUUAUUAAAAAGCAUUUAAUUUCCGCAAAUCGUAACAUCCAUCCUACAUCAUUCGAAUAAGGACACCACGAGACUUCAAGCUUUCCUUGUUAGAUCUUAUAACAGGUCGAUGCAACACGUUGUGCACCGUCCUUGUCUAACGCGCAAUCUUAAAGAAGUAAUAGUGGCUUCCAUAUUUUGGCCAACUUAAUCAAACGAGGCCUGGAAAGAUUCAAAAUUUUUACUGCAAAUAAAAAAAAAAAUGUCACCAGUGGCAAACCGUCGAACCACAACAGAAACCUAAAAACAAAAUCCAAUUAGUCGCUGGCCAAUACCUUCUUAUGUACCUGUUUUUAUAACACUCACUUGGGGUCUUACACUGAGCCGGCUGGGCAUUUGGCCCAUUAUUCUCACUUGAUUUGGUCCCAUAUAGGAUCAAAAGGAGUACUCAUUCUAUCUUAAAACAAUUAUUUUCUAUAGGGAGUCCUCUAAAGCAAAUACCAUGGGGCCGGGAUAGUAAAAAAUUAUCCUUCCCUGCGUAUAUACAACUCUUUCGAGCGUGUUCUGGAUUACUGUUUUUCCACAAAAUGGAAAGGAUGGAAUAAACCAUCCAUUACUACUUGAGUUACCCUAUCUAAGGAUCAAACCAAAGACACAAGGCCAACAACGUAAAAAAUGAUACCCUAUUAAAGGCUCGAGAUCCUCAAAAACCAUACCCUAUCAGGCGGUACUUACCUAUCUAGAGGCACAUUCCCGUAUUGGCCAUAUAAGGAAGUACACCCGCCGGGUAACCACUGAAUGAAAACCACCUAGUACAAUAGCAAGGUUUAAGAGUACAGCAUUUCGUAAGUCAGAAAACUAAUCAACAUUAAUCUGAAAAAAAUGUUUAGGACUGUGAAUAAAGUUAAAUGUUUGAAUGAGCGGAGGUGUUACGUGCCAGCAGACGUCAUCAUCUUUGUUUAUGAAGUACCAUGCAUAUUUUGGCAUUAUAUUAAUGUUGACGAAGUAAGUUCAAUUACUCUCAAAAAGUUAUUACAAAGUGCGAUGGAAUUAUUACAAAUUGCGACAGCUUAGUUUAUUACAAAGUGCGAUCGACGGUUGUUACAAAUUGCGACAGCUUUUUUAUUACAAAGUGCGACACGGUAUAUUACAAAUUGCGACAGGUAUUACAAAGUGCGAUGGAUUUAUUACAAAUUGCGACAGGUAUUACAAAGUGCGAUGAUUAUUACAAAUUGCGACAGUACAGCGUUCCUGCCAUCCGGGACAUUAGACGUGUAUUUUUAAGACAUAAAAUCGAGGCACGAGGCCUCUCUGCUCGCUGCAACAAGAAAGUUAUGAAACAUUUUUCCUCUUACCCCUCCCCUUUUCCUUUUCUCCACUUUACUCUCCCGGAUGGCGGGUUUGCCCUCACAUUUGCUGGGAUAAUCUUCUUGUGUAUCCGGGAUUUUCCUAGCUGGUUCUAGCUGUAUCUGCUUAAAUUGAUUAAACGGCCACUCCUGUGGUCAAAAUUCAUGCCAAGAUAGAUUUGUCAUUAUUUGGUAUCCCAGUAAACAGACAUCUAUAGUUGACUUGACAAUUAUUAUUAAAAGGAACAUGGAGCAUAAAAUUAUUUAUCCCAAUUGGUACCAUUCAGUAGUGUGCCCAAUAUCUCAAUAUUAUCACCUAUCAUGGCUUAGUAUCAUUUCAUACCAAUUGGUUACUUUUGAACAGGAAAGUAUCUGUACUCUGCGGCUGGCUAUCCAAGAAAGAAAGGUGACUGCGCUAAGCUUGUCUCUCAAGCUUUCACCGGAGCGUUUUGUCUAUCCUUCUUCUACCAUAUGCAUGGUCCUGCAAUAGGAGAGCUUCGACUGUCCCUUAAUAGUACAGUAAUUUUUCAAGCCGUGGGAGAGCAGGGACCGAACUGGACUCAAGCGCAAGUCUCUAUAAAUGGGACAGAUAGCAAGGUAUAUAUUUACUUGCAAACAUUGAUAAAGGCCUCCACUUCAAGCCCGAUGGGACUGUUAAAAUCGUAGAAACGUUGAAGCAUGGCAACAAAUACGUCCAAAUUCGUUCAAAAACCCUCCUCGUUAAAUUACAAAAUGAAAUUAAAAGUUAGUGCAGUCACUUCCACUAAAUCAAACCCCACAAGGUCUAUGGAGUAAUGGCAUGUUCCAAAACUACGUGUUCGAGUUGUGAUUUUCUUUUAUGUCUGCGUUGUAUCAGGCCCAGCUUAGUUUACAUGUAGCGUAUCUAAUGCUAAUGAGCAUUGUUAUCAUUUACUUUAGAUUCCGUACAUGUGAAGUUCGAUGUCGAAAAGGCCGUAAUUGUCAAAAGCUCCGCAUACCUUUAGGUUUAGUUUGCAAAAGUAGGUGGAAACGUGUCUGAUCAAACGCGGGCCGUUGAUGGUCCGUUACGGUUUAUAUUUUUAUUAUUUUCUUUUUUGGGGAGGGGGGAGGGAGGGGGGUGUGGGGCAGUGCAUGCAAGGUGAAUUAAAUACAGUCAGGUCGAUAAAAUGUAUGGCCAGAAUUCAUAGACUGAGUUACCACAUAGUUUCCUUUUCGCAUUUUAGCUUCUUUUCGAGGGAGUUGUCGGCAAUGGAGAGCAGGGAGACAUUUCGUUAGAUGAUGUGGCAGUGUCAUAUGUGUGCAAUGGUAUGGAUAAGAAAACAUGUACCUCAUAUUUUGGUACAGCACUAGAGAGAUGUAAAGCAGCCGGGAAGUGGUAGGGGAGAUUCCUUGAUAAGCAUAGGGUCUUAAAUGAAUCGAGGGAAAAGGUAACCGCUUUUUCUGGCUGCAAAAUGUUUGACGUUCAUCAGGUAGCUCAUCUGGUGGCCUCCAGAAGCCAUGCAGAUUUUUAGGUCUUUUAGCAUUUCGUCUAAAUAUAUAUUGAUUCUAUCCCUGGUUCAGUUAACUAACCUCAGUGAACAGAAGCACCAAGUUACUCAAAGCCAUCGGUAUCACAGUAAAUUAGUAGGCAAAACGCUUCUUACAAAGACGCCGUUUUCAUAUCGACCGGUCUAUCUGUCACAUGAUAACACCUGAGAAAAGACUGAGCGUUCCAUAUUCCUAUCCCUGAUUCUCCAAGAUAGAUUUGAUUUUUGCCUAAAUUAUCAAAUUGUUGAACGGGAAUUUUCUUCAAAUGAUGAGAACAUGCUCUAAGUUCAGAAACUUAUCUGUUAUCAUUGCAGUUUCGUUUUGUCCAAAAACUCCAAUUUUGCUUAACGGAAGUAAGUAUUGUUCCAAUGGAAAUAACGUUGGAAGUUACUGUAAUAUGACAUGCGCACCAGGUUACCAGCUUAUCGGAUCUUCUUCAAGAACAUGUCUAAAGACAGGAGUAUGGUCCGGAAAGAUGACCUCUUGUGUUAAAGGUUGCUAGCAUUUUGUAGUCUUAACUUCUUUUUUUUCAUAUUUUAAAUUCAUCAUUUUGUCAUUAUUUUUAUCAUCGUUUUAUUACAUGAAAGAUGUCAAUACCAUUUUCAGGUUUUCAAUAUAAAGAAAAAAAAAAAGAGAGUAGAAACUGGAAUCCGAAAAAACAGAGCUUGUAAACUUGUGAAACCACUUUUUUGUCGUUGUAGUAAUCUUUCAGUAAACCAGCAAACUAUUCUUGACUAGUUGCAAAAACUUACACAAGUAUCGACAAGCCAAUUGUAGUUGUUAUUUUUCCAUGGUAAAUUCAUGCUAACACCAGUCUAUAUCAAAUAAAUUCAUGUCUUUGAAAACUAUACCUCUCGAUUACAAUAAUAUAUGCUCUAAGCUAACCUUACCAAACAUCGUAAGCGAGAUGAUUUGUUCUCCGUGGCUUGUUAAAAUAAACAGAUAUUGAAAGCCUCCAUUACCCAUAUUUUUUGUUUAGGAAAUUUAAUAGUGUUAGAUUCAAAUUAAAAAUACCUCCAUAUAUCAUAUUUAAAAACAAUGAUAAUUUUAUUGAUUAUAGCAAAAUUCAAUUGAUUGAUAAGCUUGGAUAAAAAAAAUGUCCUAUACAAUGAUUAAAAAUAAAAUUAAAUUAAACUUGUCUACUUUAUCUUCCCAAACACAUUUGCGAUUUCUGGCCCGCUAAAGUCAGUGUUCAGCAGAAAACAAUAAGCCUUCUCCCGCCACAUUAUUUUGCCCGAAUACACAUUACUGAACUCUGUGAUUUAAACAGCAAACUAUUAGAAGCUUUUCUGAUACAUUAGGUAUUGUUCGCAAACAUUACUUAAAGCUAAGAACAUGUCGAAUUGUUGCUUUUGUUGUUGAUUUUAUUUAUUUUAUUUUUUUUUUUCAGUUAAAGUACGCUUAGCAGGUAGUAACUCUUCCACGCAAGGAAGAGUUGAAUUAUCCAUCAAUGACGUGUGGGGAACCAUCUGUGACGAUAAGUGGACUUUGAAAAGCGCUACAGUCAUCUGCCUCAUGCUCGGUUUGCCAGAAGCAGUUGCCGCUCCGGGCAAUUCGGGUUUUGGGGCAGGCUUUGGAAAGAUUUGGCUCGAUGAAGUGACAUGUGAUGGCAAUGAGAUGUCUAUUUUGAAUUGCAGACACCUUGGACUUGGAGUCUCCACAAUUUGUGAUCACUCUGAAGACGCUGGUGUGAUCUGUGGAAAUAUCACUGGUGAGUUAAUGGCUCUUUUACAAGACAAAUGGGUACAUUGCUGUUGUUGGUGGUGGUGAGGUGUUUACCUUAACGGCGUAGAAGUUGUUGCCAGACGACUUGUUUAUCGUCAUAGUAAAACACAAAGAGGUGCUCAAUUGAACGGUUGCUUUGCAGAUUUCAAUGUUCGACUAAUGGAUGGCGCCACGCCGAAUGAAGGGCGAGUAGAGGUUGCCGUUAACGGUGUCUGGGGAACAAUCUGUGACGAUUACUGGAGCAUCGAGGAUGCUCAAGUUGUUUGUCGCAUGCUUGGACUUCCCCAGGCUACAGCAGCCACUAAAGGUAGAUCGUUCGGGAGUGGUAUUGGUCCUAUAUUGAUGGAUGACGUAAAAUGCAUUGGCAACGAAAGCUCGUUGUUGCUUUGCAACAAAGCGGAUUUAGGUGUAAAGGACUGCGCUCAUUUAGAGGACUCUGGCGUUGUUUGUGGCCCACCAUCAGGUAAGUAAUCGCAAGCCAUAGUAUUGGCAAGAUUUUGAAAUCAGUUUUUUAAAUUUUAUUUGAAAAAUAUCAGUAACAAAUCGAUUUUUCUACUCCGUUUCAGUAAGUGGUAAGAAUUUUGCUCUUCGUAUGACUGUGAAUCAUUCGGAUCCCACAGAACAAGCCUCAUUUGCAGUUGAUGGAUUCUUCGACACAUGUGUAAUUUUCCAUGCGGUAAUUCGAAUAUUGUUUUAUUCGCAGUAAAAAGGUGUAUAGGUUUUUCCUAUACUACAUUGUAGACAAUUAGUUCAGUUAUCAUUUAGUCUUAAAUGCUGCUGAUUUACCUCCUUUUUUAUCGGUAGGCAUCCGAUCCUUGGUUCCAGCUUGACUUAUCACAAGAUUACCGUAUACACACAGUACAAGUGUUUCUCGGCUCUGACUGCUGCCAAAAUAUUCAGUUAAACAUCACUGUCGGGAGCUCAAAUAAUCUCUUAUCUCCAAGUCAUUUUUGCUCUUGUACUCCAACAAAUUUUCCAAGGAGAGAUUUCCGUGUGUUUAGUUGCAGUCCUCCUGCCACUGGUCGUCACUUGAAAGUUACUGCAACAGGGGAAAAUGUAACUCUGAUAUUGUGUGAAAUAGUUGUUCAAGCAACUGGUAAGUUAUUUUCCUACAUUUGGUCGUAGGUAUGGUAGAUUACCCGACACCCAAAGCAUCUGCUUAAAGACCGGGAUUUAUUUUACUGACAGAUCGAGUAGUAGAAUAUGUAGUUGUUUUGCGCCAAAUGAGAGCCGCUGGCUUCAAAUAUUGCCAAAAAAGUAAUGAGGAAAGAUUGCCGAUGAAAUGAGCUUUUCAACCAUGGGUGUUGGAGAAAAUUCAAGCAAAGGAUUGCGGAAAUAUUGGGAUUUUAGCGCGGAAUGCUGCAUGUGAUUUCAUCGGUGCCUAUUUUUCGUCAUUUUUAUAUGCAAAACUGAGUAAACAUCAAAAUCAAUCGGUUGAAGCCGAAAAUUGAAAGGUUAGUCUGUUCUGCGUUUUUUUUUUUUUAGUGAAACCACUUGCACAUUUAUUCCAUACCAUUAAUUUUACCCGCAAUCGCUGUUUAUAAACAAUGAGUUUUCGCUUUUUUGAGUAACUCCCUCUCUACGCCUUAUAUUUUUUGGACGCAAAGCUGUUCACAAAAAUUGUAAAAAGUAAACAUGAAAUUCGAGGUUUCCACUUUAACUUUUGUAUGAUAUAUUUUCCUACAUCAGUUUACCAUGAACCGGUUGCACAUUUUUACUUCAACAAAGUGGUUAGGAGAUGUUUCUCGAAAUUUUUUAAUUUCCAUCACAGGCGACCCAGACGUAGUGUGUGUCAAUUAUAUGGACAAAAUGGGAUGAGUCGUCGAAUCUCCCAUGAACUAAAAUAGUCCAGAAGUCAACAUAUAGCAAAACAAAGCUAACAUACCUUUUACUCAACGCCUCCUUGUCUUCCCUGGCCAGUUAAAGUGGCAUUUUGUCGAGUUGUGCACUCGUAGGCCACAAAACCAUUUCUACGCGCCUUCACGCGAAGCGCUAUAAGUUCGAGAAUUUUCGACGAUUCCCGCUCCAAAUUGCCAUCGGCUAAUUUGCAGAUAAAGCGUGCUCCGGCUUCUUGCUCGCUGGCUCCACAAAACCCAUCGCAACAGCACGAUAAUCGCUCGCUCAUCAACAAACACUUGACCUUUCACUCCGUCAUGAGCCGCAAACCGGCUGGAUUACUACGCGAUUUGAAUAUUUCAGCAUAGCGACCGCGUCCGCGCGACAAUACAGCACCUGCUAUGGGAGGGACGGUACUGCUGCUUCUCGGUCAAUCAAAAAGUGUGAGCGAACGAUGAACGCGAUGUGACAGCAGCUGAGACAGCAAACGUUAGAAAAAUUCGAACUUGAAAACUGUUCAAUACCGGACAGACGGGAACGGUCCCGCGAUCGCCUCUGUUUUCUGGUCAAAACUAACGCAGCGGACCCUCCCUCCGUGUUGAUUGACGGAGAAGUAAUAGUACCGUCACGAGGAGAAACAGCAUUCUUCAAAUCACUUGUUAACGCAUGUGAAUUCAUGAACAAAUACACAGAAUCGAUCUUCGUGGAGCAUGAGAAAGAGAAGAAAAGGAAAAAACAACAAAGAAUUUCCGAAAGUUUCACGUUGUAGGCGCGCACAACAACGGCAAAGAAUGAAAUGUACACAAAAAGUGUGCUUCAGCAAAGUUGCGUUUUUGCUAAUUACACCUAUUGUUGUUUAUUCACCGUUUUCGUUGGCUUCGUCGCUUAGAAUUACACAAUUUGAUAUAUAGUUUGAGCAAACUAUAAAAUAUUAUUGAGAGCUUCGCUUUUAGCUCUGGCUAAAUCUAUUUAGUAUAGACACACUCAGUGAACUUGGUGAUUUAAGCAAUCUGAUUGGUUCUCUAUCUCGGAGUAUUCAACGAUAUUCACCUCCUAGCGAGUGGAUAAUGUGUUUUAUUAAAAACUGCAUCAUUGGAUAAUGCAAUUCUAGCAUUUUGAUUGGCUUAGCCGUUAUGGUAUAUGAGCUAAUAUACCAUGUUCUCCAUAUAUGGUCGGUGUACGCGUCAGUUUAAAAUUGGAAGCUAGCUGAGAAUUUUUUUCGCGAAGGAUAGAACGGCGCCCGAAGCAAAUCGUUUUAAUUCAUUUCUUAGAAUACUAGAAAUGCAAUUUCAGCGCAAGAAAAAAGACAAAAACAAACAAAAAAGCCACAAGAGCUUGUCUGAAAGUUUGUCGAAAAACACAUGAAAACACAUGGAACUAAAGUACCUUGACCAGCUACGAAAGAAGACAAGUGUUGUUUCUUCAUGAUCGCGAAGCCAUUCUUCGCCGAUCAAGUCACUCGCCGAUAGAUAACUGCAGCUUGUUUAUCCGACAUCAAGAAUAUAAAUCACAAGUAACCAGCUACAAAUACAGGCUAUGCAGCCAUUCACUAGAGCAAUCGAGGCGGCAGUAUAGCUUCUUUUCUCGUUCAGCAAAACCAGCUUGUGGCUUCAAACAACUUCAUAACAAGCGACCGAGGUAAUACCGGUAGUUUUUCUCCGUUGUUCUUACUUUUAUAACUGCACCGAAAAUCCAAAUUCAUAGUAAUUUCGACGGCUGUCACUUAAAAAUUCCUUUCCUUCACAUUAUCUGCCAGAUUUUUUAAGCUGUUCUGCUGUGUAAAAUCCUAGAAUCACGAUGAGUUUUUAAAAAACUAAUGUUCAUCGCUACAAUGUUUUGAUUUUUCAUUCAUGCAGUCUAGGCGAGUCCGUUCGCGCGUUGACAGUUUUGAUAGACGUGUGACAUGUCAAUAGCGGAAGUCCCUUGUCUUUUCCGGUUUGUUCUAGUCGGGGCAAUUCAACGAGAUUUUGUGGGCGUUUUUAAUAAAACAAUUAUUCCACUCGGGCUUGUUGGAUAUGAAAUGAUUAUAGCCAACUCGGCGCUAUGCGCCUCGUUGGCUAUCUAUCAUCUCAUAUCCAACGCGCCCUCGUGGAAUAAUUGUUAAAGAUCAGUGUUUUUCCCAAAUUUUUUAGAGAACGAUGUUUUAAAAGUCGACAAAAUCCUAGGUUUGACGUUUUUUAAAGCAAGCAAAGACUUAGACUUGUAUUGAUAAGGGCGUUUCCUAUUAAGAAAUAUUUGGCCCAAAAAUCGAAGUUUAUUUGUGACAAACUUGAAAUUUCAAAGCAAAUGUUUGCAGAAAUUCUACUUUUUAAGUAACUAGGAGAAAGAAUGCUACAGGAAGACGACUUCUUACUUCGAGCAACCGAGCCGCCAUUUUUGUCAGCACUUCUUGCGAAGAACGACACAACAAACCUUUUUGGCUAUAAACUUGGCGAGUCAACAGGAAACAACAAAGCUCUACUUUUCUUCUCAGGUAAGGAAACAAUUCAAACUCUUAGCGGUUCCACUUAAGCCAUUACGUUGUUGUUUGCAAAGUGAUAAACUUGUGAAUUGCCAUGUUUGAAGAUUCUGCGAAGAUCUAUUUUUAAACUUUAGCGUGAUUUGAUCCGUUAAUCAAAUCGUACUUUUAAUGGUUCCUCCCUGAUUUUGUUGAGAUUUCUUCGCGUGUGUAUACUAAAACAAUUAUUCUUGUCAAUCUUGGUGAAUAGUGGCUGUAUGAUAAAAACAGGGCCUCAGAUGUGAUUGAAAAAAAAGUAUAAAAGGUUGGUUUACACGUCCCCAGACUUGUUGGCAAGAUUUUGUAAAGUAAACUUGUCGAAUGCAAAAUAUUUGGCCUGAUUUGUUUCCAAGAAUUUGUUUUCCAGGCCUAAUCUACUGUGAUCUAGAGCCAUUAUGGCUAUGCUAUUUUUAGGUGUACAUAUAAGGCUAUCAACUCGAUGUAAGAUUAAGUUCACUCUUAGCUUGGACUGUUUCCAAAUUAUUUUUCUCUAAAAUCACUUAGCCUUUCCCUCAAAAGUCACAUGAAUGUGCUCUAAAUUAACUGGUUUGUGGAAUACAAGUUUAUUGUUUGAUUUAAAUUAUAAAUUCUAGUUAAUAGGAGUUUCGCUUUUAUCCCUGGCUAAACCUAUAUAUUAGCUUUUUAAAAGACGCGGACGCGGUUGGUAUGCUUGAUUAGUAUAUACACACUCGGUGAUCUUGGUAAUUCAAGCAAUCUGAUUGGUUCGCUAUCUCGGAUUAUGACGUUAUAUUCACCGCGCUAGGCGGUGAAUAUAAAGCAGAACAAAAUCGCUGUCGUGAACUGGGUGUUUUGCCAAAGUUUCAAAGUUUUUCGAAAAUUGUACGUGCCAGCAAGUUAACAAGGAAAAGAACAUUGGAGAUAAACAACGCUCACCUUGAUCGUAGCCGCUGUUGACAGCAUUUACAAGAAGCGACAAUGAAAACUUUCUCAUUCACGGUGAGUUGUCAGAGACAAAUAAAGCUCGACUUUUCUUCUCAAAAUUGGGUAGUAAUAUAAAUUUUCGGCGUUUUCCUUUGAACCGUUGAUGCUAAAGCUUACAAAACUCGAUACAAUAGAAACCAUUUUUGAAGGUACUGUAAAGAUCUAACUUUUGCGCAUCCCCUGCUUACGGCUUCGUGUUCACGCAUGAAUUCAUCCGUCAAUCAAACUAAUCGUUUUUUAAUGGUUUCCUUUCUGAUUCUGUUGAGAUCUCUCCGUGUGAAUAUACAAAAACAAUUAUUCACCUCAGGCUCAUUAUUCAACAAUAUUAACUUCGCCUUCGGCGAAUAAUUGUUAAAUAUUCAAAUCGCGUAGUAAUCCUGCCGGUUUGCGGUUCAUGACGGAGUGAAAGGCCAAGUGUUUGUUGAUAAGCGAGCGAUUAUCGUGCUGUUACGAUGGGUUUUGUGGAACUAGCGAGCAAUAAGCCGGAGCUCGCUUUACCUGCAGAUUAGCCGAUGGCAAUUUGGAGCGGAAUCGUCGAAAAUUCUCAAAGUUAUAGCGCUUCGCGUGAAGGCGCGUGGAACUGGUCCGGUUUUUUUUGUAGCCAGCCUUUAAUUCUUCCUAGUACCUACGAGUGCAAAACUCGACAAAACGCCACUUUAACAGGCCAGGAAAGACAAGGAGGCGUUCAGUUAAAGGUAUGUAAGCUUCGUUUUGUUAUAUUUUGACUUCUGGACUAUUUUAGUUCAUGGGAGAUUCGACGACUUAUCCCAUUUUGUCCAUGUUAUUUACACACACUACUUCUGGUCUCUCUGUGUCUCCAUAAAUUUCUUUGUUGUUGUUGCCCUCACUCUCAUUGGAAUUUUACCGCUGAAUUUACUGGUCGCUGGUUCAAAUGUCUCGUAUUGGCGGCAAGGGGAUACUUUAAUAUCUCAUCCUAUUUAUAUUUUAUAAGUCACUUUUCAAUUACAUAAACUUGAGAUCUUCUUUACUUCUUUACAAAUCAUAAUCUUAUUUUAGAGCCUUUCGGGGUAUUAAAAGAAGUCUGGUUUAAAGAAAUAAAAACCCAAGACGAGCCUGUUUUGAAGUACCAUCCAGUUUUUCAGCAGGCAGCCAACACACUUUUUGUACUUGGUGAUUUUUACUUCGCUUCGAAUGUUUCUACUCCAUAUGGACAGCGAUUGUCAACGUUUAUUCAGGUGUGCCAUUAUUACUUUACGCUAAUGGGUUAAAUUAAUCAAAAAUAGUUUUUAUUAACUUCCAAUUGAUGGCUAUGGUUUUGAUGGUUAUGAAUUUAUGAACGAGAGAAUGUGUAAAGUUGAUAGCCGUUAGUAACUCAAGCUCCCUUUUUGAGUGAUGAAUAAGAAAAUUCCUCCGAAAUCAAUUUAUGUAUCAUCCCCUUAAUCAGACAAAUGUGAAAGGUCGUUGUAGUAUUUAUUAAAAAACAAAAAAAAACAAAAAACAAUCAUUUCGGUGUGUGAGAGUCAGUCAUUUUUCUCUCGGAAGGAAAUGCAGUUUUCUUGGUUGUUAUCUUUUUAUAUUGAUGCCAAUAUUCUGGUGAAAAACCUUGAGUAAUAACUUCUGAGACUUCAGUUGCUGGCUGUCUAUUAUUUCUGCGCUUCUAUAGAAAUAUACCCGUGAUAAGGCUAUGGGGCCUUGAGAAGGUUGCACGCUUUGCUUUUGUCUUUCAUAAUGUCAGAUUUAAUUGAUUUUUCAGCCUCCAGUAACUGGGAUGUACACGUUUUACAUAACGUGUGAAGACGAAUGUGAGUUAUGGCUUAAUAGAGUUAACCAACCCGACUCCGAGGAAGUACUAGCAGCAAAACUAACAAUGAAAACAGGACGACUAAAGUGGGACGAGUAA